AUGGCAACAUCUGCAUCACAUUACUUAUUGGAUGAGAGUGUUGAAGCUCUUAAUCAAAUUGAUGGAAUUAGUGAAGAAGUAUACGCAAAAGCUAUUGAGAAGUUUGAGAACGAGGAUAAAAUGUCUUUAAACGUUGCUCGGUUCAACAAGGAUAAUUUACUGGAUGAUUCAGAUGAUGAGUUUGGAGAGAUUUUGUUAUAUUUUGCUUGUGAGGAAUAUAAUCAAUUAUAUCUAUCUAAGCAACCUUGUAGAAAUUCAUCUCUUUCAGGCCAUGAAUACGUUAUGGAAGUGUUGCAUGGGCAUUGGAGUAGAUGUUAUGAUUUGUUCAGAAUGAACAAAGAUGUCUUCAAACUAUUUUGUGAUGUUCUAAAAGAAAAAAAAAUUAUUGAAGAACUCAUGAUAUCUCACUCCAUCUCAACCACAUCUCAUUAUUUUAGGAAGGUUUUGAAGGCAAUAUGUCGUCUAUCCAAAGAACUAAUUACUCCAUCUUCAUUUGAUGUAACUCCUCCACAAAUUCGAUUCGAUCCAAGAUACUAUUCAUUUUUUAAGUUCACAUAUGUUGUCCUUGGAUGGGAAGGAUUAGCUAAUGAUGCACGGAUUCUUCUAGAAUGUGCCACAAAUCCAGAUUAUGGAUUUCCAAUGCCACCCCAAGGAAAAUAUUAUCUUGUUGAUUCUGGCUAUACAAACAUGCCUGGUCUUCUUUCGCCAUAUCGAGGGGAAAGGUAUCAUUUGGGCCAGUACACAGAUCUUAAUCCCAUAGGCAAAAAAGAGCUUUUCAAUUAUCGACACUCUUCCUUGAGAAAUAUCAUUGAGCGGUGUUUCGGCGUGUUGAAGGCUCGCUUUCCAAUCCUAAAACAAAUGCCUUCAUAUGAUCUAAGAAUACGAAAGUACAUUGUCAUUGCUUGCUGUGGGAUUCACAAUUUUAUAAGGAUAAAUGCAGAAGCAGAUGUAUAUUUUGAUGGAGGUGAAGGUAAUUCUGAAGUACAGGCCACCACUUUACAAAGCACGGAUGGAACUUUGACUGAUAGUGUAGAGUUCAGUAUUUCUAGAACUCAUAUACGUGAAAUGACUCAUGUUCGUGAUGAAAUUGCUGAUCAUAUAUGGAGAGCUAGUCGACGAUAA